AUGAGUUCAGAUGAAGAAGAAUUUGAUGAUUUUAACGUGGCUAAUAAUGUAGAAAAAAGUAUAGAAGAAGAUGAUGAAUUUGGAGAAUUUGAUGAAGUAGAUAAAGAUAUACAAUUUCCUGAUGUGAUAUUCAAAGAUAAUCAAGCAUUGAAUAAUAAAAUAAAUGAUCUAAUACUGGAAAUAAUACCAAUUGAAUCAACUAUACCCAAAGAAUAUAAUGACAAAGAGUUAUUAAAUGAUCGAUCUAAAACUAUAUAUCAACAAGUAUCUACAAUUCCUUAUUUACAACCUACAAAUUGGAUAAAAUCAAAUAUAAGACAUAAUUUAUUGAUAAAAUUGGGUAUACCGAUAAAUCUUGACGAAUUAAACGAUUCUAAAGAUGUACAAUUUCAUGUUAGAAGGAAAUCAAUUAAUGAAUCAGAUAUAAAUUGGGAUAUUUUUGAAAUACCAGAUGAAAAAGAUUUAAAGUUGGACUUUGAUGCUAAAAAUAAGCUACUACUGAACACAAUUGAUAGAUUAUCAAAGAUUGAAAUUGAAAUUUUAAAUAAUACAAGUGAAGGUUACUUAAAAACCUGUGAUCCAGGCCAAUUAGAUUCUAAAUUAAAGGAAUUGAAGGAUAUAUAUGACGAAUUAAUUUUAUUAAGCAGUUUAUGGAAGAAUAAAAUUAAUGAAUUACAUGAUGAUUUUGAAAUUUAUGAAACUGUUGUACAAAGUUUUAUUGGAUAUAGUCAAAAAUUGAAAAGAGAUGAAAUAUUUGAAAAUUUAAAGAAAUUAAAACAUGAAAAGAAGAAGAAGAAGAAGAAAUUAUGGAAAUAG